AUGGAAGUCAAGACAAGGGGUUUGACACCAACUCCUUCGGGUGCACAAUGGUCACCGGAAAGUGUCGCCGUGGGAUCUUUCCCACAUGCCGCUGCCGUGCAUAGCUGGAAUGCGGCAUAUGGAUUCCAUACCUCCGUUGAUCCAAAUUGGCGCGAUUCCUCUAUGAGCCCAUCUCCUCCACAACCGACCUUUUUCGAUAACCCGUUCGUUCAACCCGAGGACGAGGUUUGGAAUACAUUUACCAACCUCGGUUCACCUGGUUCGGCUGUUUCCGAUACCUCCAGCCCCGGUGUGCUUCUGCCCGGCUUCAUUCAGCCUCUUCCAAUGAUGAUGAAUCCAACCACGAUUGAAUACCUGUAUGUAAAUGACGUGUUCAAUGUUCCGAGUGUUCAGCUGCAGAAUGCACUACUCCAAGCAUUCGUCGACUUUGUCUUCCCAAGCAUGCCCAUUCUCGAUUGGUCCGCUUUUAUCAAUGCAAUUUGCAACCGAGACCACGACCAUGGCUCUAUCAGCCUGUUUCUAUUCUAUGCGAUGAUGGUGGCGGCAACUACCUUUGUGGACCUGGGUCAACUUCAAGAAGCUGGCUAUUCGAGUCGACAAGAGGCCCAAGAAGCCUUUUACACCAAAGCCAAACUUUUAUACCAAUCCGAAUACGAACCAAACACAAUCACCGUGGUCCAGGCCCUUUUGUUCAUGACAUUUAGACUCGAGACAGCAGAUGGCGACGACAGUCGAUACUGGUGUUCAAUUGCAACAUCAACAGCGCAGUCCAUCGGUCUAUUCCGAGACAUAUCCGGUGCCACAAAUGUCCGAAUCAAUCCCAAAUUCUGGAAAAGACUCGCUUGGGCUUGCUACACUACCGACUCUCACAUCGCGCUCAGACUGCGAUGCCAACCAAUAAUUCAUACCUCGGCCUUUUGCCACCCAAUCUUAACAGAAGACGACUUCGAAAUCUACAAUCUCUCUCCAGAAGUCCUAGUGCAAACCCUUGGACACCCGCUAUCGCACAGCCUCAACACCCAACGAGAUCUAGCAUUAAUGUGCAUCGCAAACACACAACUAUGCGUCUCCAUACUCGAGGUGCUUGACGUACAAGGCAAGGGACGCACGCGCCAAGACUCAUUUGCAUCACUAUCAUCACACAUCAGCACCGACACAGCCGAUCACAGUGCUAGAGUCUCAGCUGUCGAACUCAAAUUGGCAGAAUGGGCCAGCACAUUCCCCUCCUCCAUGCAGACUUACUCCUUCGAAACAAGCAACACCCAGGAAGAGAAUGUUCUCUCUUUACAGCGAAACCUCCUCCACAUGCAAUUCUACACCACCAUCGCCGUAUUCUAUCAAUCACAGCCCUUGCCUUCCUCAACAUUCUGUGUCCAAUACGCUGCGCAACAAAUUACUCAGAUCGCCUCGGAACUUUACCAGAAAAAACUUCAUCGGCGAUUACCCAUCGUCGGUGUGACAGCAAUUCUCGUUGCGCUGAUUAUUCAUAUUCCCGGGACUAAGAAAGUUGAUCCACAGGAGAGAGCGCAAGCGUAUCAGAACUUCCAUCUUGGGCUGGAGGUUAUGACGGACUUGCAGGAUGUUUAUCAGGAGGCUAAUCAUAUCACAACAUGGGCGUUUAGAAUUAUGGACAAUGCUCCUGAGGUUGCGUUCUCUGGUCCACAGCAGCUUGAUUCUUUGCCCAUGAGUGUGACGCAGGUUAUGUGA